UGCGGAAAAAGUUGAGUGUAAUGGCCCUACCAGCAGCAUCCUGGUGUUUUUUUCUAGUCCUCCUGAACACAUUGGUUUUAUUGCACAGUAUGCAGUCAUGGGGUUACAGACCUCGUUUCCCAUCUAGCAAGAUACCUGAAAACGCACUAAGCACUCGACGUCCGAUAGUGAGACGAAAAAUAGUACUUUACCACAAUUUCUUCCGCACAAAAGUCCGCCCCACAGCUUCCAACAUGGCAUUAAUGUCAUGGCACGCAGAAGCGGCGCGGCAAGCUCAAGAGUACGCGGAUCGCUGCGUUUUUCUGAAACACAACCCUAUUGAGGAGAAGGUUGUUACGCAUUUGGGCGCUUGUGGCCAGAACCUUUUCGCCGCUGAGCGGAAGACACCCUGGUUCUUCGCAAUCAAAGACUGGUUCCUAGAAUACCAGAACUUCACAUACGGCGCGCCUUACAAAAGCCUGCGGGCCAUAGGCCACUACACCCAGAUGGUGUGGGCCACAACGCACAAACUCGGUUGUGGGGUCGCGCGCUGCAGCGGGGGCCCGUGGGGACAGUUCUAUAACUACGUGUGCCAUUAUUGUCCUGGUGGCAACAUCGACGGUAUAGUCCAAUUCCCGUACCGCAUAGGCCUUCCCUGCGGAGACUGCCCCGACCACUGCGUGUCAGGCCUGUGCACAAACAUCUGCAUGGAGAAAGACCACUACUCCAACUGUGACGAACUGUCCCAGCUGAACAUCCCGGAUUUGUGUACGCAGGGAGUGUGCAACGCUACUUGCGCGUGUAAAGGGAAGAUUCAUAAAAACUACCCGUUUGUCUAGAAACAGUAUGUAAGAGUAUGUAGAUACCAACAACAAUCUUGAAUUUAAAAUUUGGUCAGUUCGUAAAUAAAGUCAAUACGGCUAAGUGCGUUAUAAGAUGAAGUGUA